AUGUUAUCAUCAACAAGCUCACAACAACAAUCGAAAGGAACAGUCCGAUGUGGUAAAUUAAACCACACUCCUGAUCUUGAAGGAUUCACCGUGAUCAAUUGCUGCUCAACAUCUUCCGAUAAGUUAUACAAACAAUUGUCACCCAUGUUGUUAGGUCCAUACGAAUACCAAAUGAAUCCCGAUCAUGAUUAUGCACUUGCAGAACCCAAGCAUUCUAAAAUUGAGAAAACCAUUCAAGUACAUAAUUUGGAAAACUUUUGGCAAUUUUCAAAGGUUUGGCAAGGAGAGGAAGAGUUGGAUCCAGAGAGUGGUACAACGAGACCCAACAAGACAUUCUUUGAACGAAGAAUGGAAGGAUGGAAUGAUAAAAAGCUCAUCGAUGGGUGA